GACACGCCGGGAAAGCUUGCAUGGAGGCGAUGAAAAUGCGACGCCCGACGCCGAGAACUGGCCCCUCAAACUCAUCGGUCCAAUACAGACUUGCUACCUACAAUCAAAAAUGCAAGUAUCACACCACAAUGAACUUAAACGGCAAACCCAUGCCUUCUGCGACCGAGUGUCGCGCCAGAACGGGCCCUGGCCCUCUACGCGAGCUCGGACCAUGGGAAACCGUGUUGUUGCGCAACACUAUUACAAGAAAGCCACCGCGGACAACUCGGAGACGCUACCUAGUGCCCGCAGACCCGCAACAGAUGAACAGAUCGCCAUGGCCGCGCACUUCGCGGUGCUAGGCAUCCGCACUCUGCUGUACAUGGCCCUGUUCAACAUCAGCUACAACCCCAUCAUUGGACCAACCCCAGAAGUCAACGUGUUGGAGGCCUCGCAUACGGCCAACUCGGCCCGAACGCGGAGGCGUACGUGCAGGCCCAGCUCCGGCAACAGCACGGGCCCGCACCCCAGCAGCGCCCGCAGCAGCCAGGACGUGGAGGCCCCCGGCGCAACCCGCAGCAGGACGAGCGUCAGCAGCGAGCCGGUGAAAUAUGUUGAUGUGGAGGUACGCAUGCCAGCUGAGCUGCUGGCAGCAGCCCUCACCAGAAUCACACUCAACCCCAGCAGCGGGCUGUGGUACUACCCCAAGGGCAACGACAGCCUCCUACCCCAGCGCGGCUUCCCCGGCUGGAGCUCCCGCCCACACGGCACCACCAGCAACGACGGUGGGCUCCUAUGGUGCGUGUGCCACACCAUCAACGCGCACAACAACACACCGGCCGACGAGCUCUACCGGCAGGCUAGCCUCAACAUCGUUGCUGAGGUGGUCGCAGCAGGGCCGGCCAACACUGCAGCUGAGGCCCUGCACACCAUUGAGUCUGCUCUGCGAACGCAGCCAGCGCUGGCCCUGAACGCCAUGAUCAUCCAGUCAGCACGCCAGCCCCGCAGCUCGGAGAACAGCAUCGCCGCGCAAACGCUGCUGCUGCGGUUCACCUGCAGCAAGCAGCGGAAACUUGCGCAGGCAUCCCGGCUACUGCUGGUCGACAUGGGGGAGGGCCUGGUCAGCCUCACAUUCGAGGAGAGCGCGCGCCCCAACGGCGUCAGCCCGCGAGGACACCAGCAGGUGUCCAUCACCAGCAACAGCAUCAGCACAGAGAAUGGUGUGGCCAUGAGCCAGCUGGACGCAUUUGCGACAGAGCUAGCAGACCGGCUUGAGCAGCAGCGCCUAAUCCUGCCGCAGCACCUCGCCAUCCAGAACGGCGCCAGCCAGGCAGAGGCUGCACAGGCACCGCCGCUCCUACACCCCAACCUGAUCGACACCUACGUUGGCAACAUGCAGCGGGGGCCCCUGCAGCUGGGAAGCAACACGCGCCACUCCAUCAUGUCAUACCCGCAGCAGCCCGCAGCACUGCCCACUCUCUGGCGCAACCCGGCAGACGCCUAUGCUGUGGCCGGCAACAUCCUCGACGGGGCCCCCAUCCUGCAGCCAGCUGUGUCGGCGGACGCCAAGACGGAGAACAACGCCACCAUUACCCGGAUGGCCGCAGCAGACCCCAGGCAGGAGGCAUUCAUCUAUGCCAUCACGCCAGAACCAGCCGCAGGGCCGGAUGACAACGACGACCUGGACCUGGGCUGGGCCGGGCCGGCAGCACCACCGCAGCCACCGCUGCCACAGCAGCAGCAGCCGCAGCCACCGCAGCUGUCUCCGCCGCCGCAGCCACCGCAGCCACCGCAGCCACUGCAGCCGCCGCAGCCGCCGCAGCUGCCGCUGCCGCAGCAGCAGCAGCAGCAGCAGCAGCAGCAGCAGCUGCAGCAGCACCAGCAGCAGCAGCAGCAGCAGCAGCAGCAGCAGCAGCUGCAGCAGCACCAGCAGCACCAGCCUGCCCUGCUGCAACCUCAGCAGCGCCCCCAACGCCCCAUGGCGGCUGGAGCCGGGUCCGCUGCCCUGAACCUGCUAACACGCCUGCAGACAGUUGCUGCCGCCGCCAACGCCGACCCGCCCGCCGGCGGCGGCCCUGAUGGAGCCGCAACCGGCAGCACUGCUGCCACCGCCACCGCCGGCCUGCCUGCCGGCGGGGACCAGGCUGGAGCUGCGACCGGCAGCGCUGCUGCCAUCGCCAACACCAGCCUGACUGCCGGCGGCCCUGCCGGGGCCAUGGUCGCGGAAACACCCCCCCCUGACAGCAAUGCCAAGGGGCCUGUCAUGGCGGAGGAGGACCCCGAUGAGGACAUGAUCAACAGCCAGCAGGCCCGACGCCCCGAUGGCACACCCAGCUCCAAGCGCUCCGCGAUCCGCGUGCGCAUCACCGGACCCCGCACCGGUGGAGACGGCAACACAGGCGGCCCCAGCGGCGGCCAGGAGCCCCAGAACGCUUGAGAUCAACAACAUUGUCAGAAACGUGGCUCAGCGAUGGAUAAGAAGCAUGAGGGCAGCUACAUGUGCUCUAGUGGCACAAUGGGGGGCCAACUUAAGCGCGGCGGUAACUACUGCAAGGACCCAGAAUGUAAAACUGAGUAGAUUGACUAGACGGGCUUUUGAUAUGGUGUUGCAAACUCUGGCGUCAGCAGGCGAGGGAAUACAACAAAUGUGCAUACAGGUCAACAAUGCCGGAUUGGACUUGGUCUGUGCGAAGGAAGGUGGCCUCCACUGGCCCUCAGUGACAGGGCUGACCCGUCUGGUUGGUGUUAGCCUGCAAACCAGUAUGUCUGGGCUGGCUGAGAUAGGCAACAGACAUG